AUGGACUCAGAACCUCCUCAGGCCGAUUCCAUUGCGUCUCAGGCCACUCCAGAAGAGCAAAUCGAGCAUACGGCUGGAGAUAGCGCAAAGCGAAAGGCGGAACAGCAGAACGGAACCCAGACGCGAUCGAAGCGGAAUCGCUACAUCUCUAUUGCAUGUAAUGAGUGUAAGCGUCGGAAAAUCAAAUGCAAUGGCCAGGUGCCGUGUCAGCGCUGUGGACACUUGAAACUCGAAUGCCGAUAUGCACCUAACUGCUGUAAUAAUAACUUCAAAGAUUCUGAUGAGUUCCGGUCGAUGACGGAUCAGAUUGCUUCGCUGCAGGAUCAAGUUGGCAGUCUUUUUAGCAGCCUCAAUGAACUUCGCGUGCAGAAGCCCACUUUUGACAGCCCACCGUUUGAUCAGUUCCCUCGUGAUGGCUCUCAGGUAUUUACCCCGAUGCACCCUCCGACGGGGAAGCCUCGUAUGAGGCAUCCUCGGUUCCAUGGCCCUACCAGCUCGGCAUUCAACUUUGACGUUGCUCGAUCAAGCCUUCAACAUAUGGGCAUUACGCCGGUCGAGGAAGGUAUACAAGAUGACUUGACGACGGCACAUGCUACGCCAGCAGCAUCUCCUCCUCAUGUGCCGGCAUUAAGUCAACCAAUGCAUCCGUCAAAGGACCCGAUAUGGUCGAUUAAAAAGGACGAGGCACUGCGGUUGUGCCGAGUAUAUGAAGAAGAGAUUGGGAUUAUGUACCCGCUGGUCGAUAUCGACCAGGUCACACAUCAGGUCAACUUGCUUUAUACCUUUAUGGAGGCAGCAAUGCGCACUGGACUUAUGCACCGAGGGCUAGGAGGCGCAGAUGGCCUCGAAGAUGACAGCACAAACCUCAUCAAGCUAGUUCUUGCGACUACGCUUAUUGUUGAAGGUGGCGGUGAGAGCGAACUUGGCCGGCGUUUAUAUCUAUGCGUUAAACCAGUCAUUGAGUCCAAGAUUUGGGAAACAUUAGAUGUCAAAACUAUCCAGCUUCUAGGGUUGAUGGCAACUUAUCACUUUCAUACAGACGACGAUGCAUUGGCUUAUCGAAUUAUCGGUGUGGCUGCUCGUAUGUGCCUUGAGAUGGGUCUCCAUAGACGAGACGCGCUGGCCAAAUCCUUCCCCGACGAAGCUCAAUGGCCUGAAAUUGUCAAAAUAUUCUGGUCAAUAUAUUCCUUGGACAGACGGUGGAGUUUCGGUACGGGACUGCCUUUCGUCAUACAAGACGAGGAUAUUGACCCCAAUCUACCUGAGCCGGACCCAUCGCUCCAGUACUUGAAAUGCAUGAUUGUCCAUAAUCGCAUUAGCUCGAAGGUCUGGUACUCUGGUCUGGGCUCAGACGGGGCAACGGACAUACGCCGAGACGAGAUUGGCUAUUUGGACUACCAAGUCCUACAGUGGUACAAGCAAAUUCCGGAUACUCUCAAAUUCUAUCCGUCUGAAUCUCCGAGACCAGGCGAGACAGCAAAUCGAGGCCUUCGAAGGUUACGCAUACUUCUGUAUCUGCGAAUGAACCAACUGCGGAUACUUAUCUAUCGACCUGUACUUCACUCUUCUACAAGCAUUGCAGAAGAUAAAGGCCAUGCUCAGACGGUAGUUGAUGUUGCCAAAGACUCUGUCCGAGUCCUCACUCGGCUGAACCAAACUUCCGACAUCUACCGCACGCAGCAAAUCACGUUCAACUACUUCCUCGUUGCUGCCCUUGCCGUGCUUUUUCUCGCUGUCUGUCAUGCACCUACUGAAUUCAACCGGCAGGUACGGGAUGAGUUCUACUUAGCGUUGGACCUUGUCAAUGGAUUCAGCACCAAAUCAUACGUAUCAAAGCGCCUAUGGAAGACUAUAAAAGGCCUUUGGAGAACAGGCGAGAAAUUGGGUGUCCUUGCACGCCCUUUUGGCACUGAUGCCAACGACCCGCACUCGACAGCGGCUGUUGCAAUGGCAGGAUUGGCUGGUCAUCCAAUGGAAGACUUGUCGGUGUAUGGCCCUAUGAACGGGGUUGGUGAGUUGGGUAAUAGCCCUCUAAAUGGGGUACAGAUGAGCCACGAGUUGACGACCUUGUUCGAGGCCGUUGGAGGAUUCGGUAACUUUAUGGCGCCGACGGCAACCGAUGGACUGAACGGUUUUAUCGGUCCUGAGGGAGGCUUACAGAAUACUGGAGAAGGGCUCUCAGGUGUGUUGGGAGAUGAAGGCGAAUUUGCACGAGUAAUACGGGACUUAUUCUGA